UUGUUAAUUAGUAAAUGAUUUGGGUCGGAUUAUCGUUUUUGUUGCCGAAAGUUAAAGUCAUUGAAUGCAUUUUGACUUGGACUUUUAGAUCCCAGUGAACAUACUUAACCAAUGUCGUUAGCUUAAAGGAAUGGAGGCAAGUAUGCUGGAGACUACUUUGGAGACAAGAUUCAUGGGUUUGGUGUUUACCAUUUCGCUAAUGGUCACUACUACCAAGGAGCUUGGCAUGAAGGUCGUAAGCAAGGCUAUGGCGCCUAUGGAUUUAGAAUCGGAGAUACAAAAUGCGGUGAAUGGGAUUGAUGGUAAUCUAGUAAACCGGCUUUCUCUAGAAAUGGACCUGGUUCGUAAAAUCGGUUCAGAGUGCUCGAGAGGUGGCCAGAAAAGGUGUGGGUCAGAGAUGGGUCGAUGAAAAGGUGGUACGAGCUGUAGCUGCGGCAAACAAAGCUGCGACAGCUGCUAGAGUUGCAGCUGUGAAAGCUAUUCAAAAUCAGAUAGAUGGUAAACAUUGUGACACUUGAAAAUGACCAGUGAUGAUGACAUUAACAAACAAAAAGGUCAAGUUUUUUUGGGAGAGAUAUUCUUUAUAGUAACCCUGUUGAGCUUUGAAAUUAUGCAGUGUUUUUAAAAUAGGACUGGUGAGUGAAUCGGAAAUAUUUUGGGUCACGGAUCAAUGUGGUUCGAUCCGGUUCGAUUGGGUUCGACCGGGUUCGAUGUAUUAAACUGAAUUUA